GGCUAUUCACUGCCACUGGAGCAUGCAAGAAUAGCUGCUUCUCCCAUUGUGCUUCCCAUCUCCCGGAUUGGCUGCGGACUGUGGGAAACGCCACCGAGCCGCAGACCCACAGACUCGCCCUGAGCUUGGGCAGUAUAAAUACCAGGCAGAGGCAGCUUCCAGCAGCACGUUUCUCCUGGAUUCCACUCCGAGAGCUCCCUUCCCUUCCCAGGACAGAUGGCUCCCAGCACCGUUUUCUUGGAGCCCGACAACCUGCUGACACCAAAGGAGAAAAACAAACUGAGGAAGCCGGUGGUGGAGAAAAUGCGCCGGGACCGGAUUAACAGCAGCAUCGAGCAGCUGAAACUGCUCCUGGAGAAGGAGUUCCAGAGGCACCAGCCCAACUCCAAGCUGGAGAAAGCUGAUAUCCUGGAGAUGACUGUCAGCUAUCUGAAGCAGCAGAGCCAGCUGCAGAUGAAGACUGCAGGAUCCUUCCAUAAAAGCUCCCAGUUUGAUUUCAGAGAGGGCUAUUCCAGGUGCUUGCAAGAAGCUUUCCACUUCCUCUCUCUCCAUAAAGUCCGAACUGAAACCCAGACCAAACUUCUAAGCCAUUUCCAGAAGAGCCAGUCGGCUGCUCCGGAGCUCUCCUGCUGCCCUGGGAACGCUGGCCCCCUGAAACAAGUGCCUGCAAAGGACACCUGCCCUCUCUGGAGGCCCUGGUAGUCGGGAAGUCCUCACUGCAGGGACCUGCGACAGUCCAGAGGAAGGAUCUGACUGCAUCUGAUAGUCCAGCUCUGAUCCUCUCUGCUGUAGGGAAUUUUAUUUCCCCCUGUAUUUCAUUUAUGUGUGAGAGAAUGCCAUGCUUUUGACUCUUUUGGGAUCCUUUGGCAAAAGUUGAGGUGUUCUGUUUGGUGUGGAAGCUGUGUAGGCACUGCUGCAGUGCUGCCCAGGCAGGGGCAACGUCUUCAGAAUGAAGGAGGAUGUUUGUAAAUGUUACAGUUGUGAUGGACAGCAAUUGCUGUAGGAGAUUUUCUCUAAUAUUCCCCUUAAGAGCCACCAGCUUUGCUCUGGCUUGAUGAGUGACUCGGGUUGGCUCCGUCACUCCCAAGGAGAAAUUUAUUACCUUUAGUCCAUGCACACUUGGUUAAAAUCCAUUUCCCACUGUUUGCUUAUCAAUUGUGCAGCAUCAAAAACGGGUUUGGUUUUGGUUUGGAUUUCUCCCCCAAGGCCCUUUUGUAGUUCUGUAUAUCCAGUGGGAGGGAUGACCAGGAGUUAGGAAUCUAUGUGGAAUAUUUCUACUGUAUGAUGCUUUUUUCAAUUUAGAAAAAGAGUGUGUUCCUGCUUUAUGUUAAAGAAAAAGUGGUAGGUAACAGGCUUGAUUUGUCAAUGUUAUACAUUUUGGGUGUAAGCUAUGCUUUUUUUAGCAUUUUCAUUAUAAUAAUGAUUUUUAUCUGUAUUGAGUAGUUGAAUUCCUGGUGGAUGGUGUUUCUCCCGGUGCUGGGACUGCCCUAUGGCUGAUGUGCAUACUGUGUAUGCGUCUCUGUGUGUGUAGAGAGCAAUAAAAUGCAUUUGUGUGCAA